UCUCUAAAAAACAGCAGCCGAAAUCUUAGCCGUGCCUUUGCAACCCUCACGAAGAAAAGACGUUGAACCAGCAUGACGAGAUGGAUUGAAACGGUAGACGACUUCCAACGAUAUUGUGCUCAGCAACGGCGAGCACAACACAUCCGACCACCACCAUAUCCAACCCCACCACCAAAAAUUAACUUCGGCGAACCCAUUUCACCCACAACCUACGCAUCUUCACCCAUCUUCAGAAUCAAGGCUAUUGUGCGAAAUGCAACUGACGCAAUGAAGGAGUCAAGGAUUCCUGAUAUUCUCAAUGCGAUGGCGCCACUGUCCUAUCGGAAGAUGGACUUUGAAGAGUUCUGUGCAGCUGCAAUCAGCACAUAUCAACUGGAGGCUCUUGAAAGAUGGGAGCAGAUUGCAUCUACAACAUUUGAGCAUUUUGAACAGGAGGGUAACAGAGUGAUCUCAGUGGAGGAAUUGGCUCGGUUUUAGAGGUGGAGAUUCAUCAGCGCGCCAUGACAGAACUGAAGCUAGUGGGACAGCAGCUGCAGCAAGUGUUGGAUCAAUUUCCCUUCCAUGGAGAAGAGCAGCAGCCCAGUGGUGUGCUUCAGCUGCAGCCUGAAAACUUCCCUUUUCAGCUCUACCCGUAUUGUACAUAGUUCAUGCCUAUUUACUUGUUGGGAUUCUUGAAUUGGUUAUGUUAUUGGCUGAUUUUUAUUUUUUUCAAAGAUGGGCCAGAGGCAGUUGCAAAUCUACUCAUCUGUUUUUUUUUUUUCUUUUUUUCGGGUUUCUCCUGUUUUUAGGGAGUGAUGCAACUUUGUUGAAUGUAUAAUAAAGAUAUUUGUCGAAUGUAUAAAAAAGAUAUUUUCUCA